AGUUUAAAUGUAAUUGUGAUUUGUUUAUUUAUACAUGUACAACCGCUUUUCAGGUAGGAAAUAAUUAUUUCUUCCAGUUAUCACCCCAUGAAUUCGAUUGUUUUUGUUACUUACAGUUAUUUCAAAGACAGAUAACUAAUUCAUACGUCCGACAAACAUUGCCAAAUGCUUCAUGCUCUUCGCAGUAUAACAUUUCACGGCUGUCUAUCAAUUAUCAAGACUUUUUAAAAGAAAAAAUUGCAUAGUCUUAAGUGAAGAAGAAAAAAAACCCUAACUUCAAUACAUUAAAAUCAGAAAAUGCAAUGAAAAUAACUCGAAAAAAGGUCGGUUACCCCCUUUUUUCUGUCAUCAUAUUGAAUUUUCUGAAACCAUCCUUUCGGAAGCGCACCGACAAAAAUAUAACUGUAUUCCACUGGCGCAAGAUUGCUAAAAUGAUGAUACAGGUGAUACAGUAACUUAAGACAUUUUGAAUCGUUUUAAUGUAACAAUCAUUAUACUUUACUAUAUCAUACGCUUUUUAACAAAUGUUUACAUGUUUAACUUGAAAGAGCUCGUUGGGAUUUAAUAUUUCACACUGCUGUCACCUUGACAUUUUAUAUCGCCUCACGAUAGACAAAAUGACAACCAAUGCAGAAUCUCAAAAACAGCUUGGGGCAAUUCUCUCUUCGGUCAGUGAAAACCUGCGAGUUGCAGUUCAGAAAAUUGAAAACUAUAGAGAGCAUCAAUGUUUAAUAGAGGAGAGACUAGAAUCUUUUACUCAGGAAAAUCGGGAAAUAACAGAUCGCCUACAAAAAGCUGAACAGUGUAAAGAACGUUAUAGAGAUGAGAGGAACAAGUUGAUGAAAGAGAAAUUCGCGAAGGAAAUUAAGGAAAGGUCGGACAUACAAACUGAACAAAAACUGAGACAGGACUAUAAUGAUCUAAAAAUGCUGUAUGACGCAAAGGAAAAAGAAUGGGAACAAAACAUUAAAGACUCUGAACGUUCAUUCCAUGAAUUUAAAAGAAACCAAAAACAAAAACUCAAUGAGUAUGUUGAAAAACUGAAGAAACAAGACGGGCAAACAAUUCAACUCCAGAAGACCAUUGAGCAAAAUAAUUGUGACAUACGAAAAUUAAGAAAACAGUUAGAAGAGAGUAAAAGACAACCCAGUACAACAAGUGACGACACAGAGCCACGUGUUAUUGGCCACAAACUGACAGAUAAUAAUCCAAAUAUUGCUGACUUAAGUGACAGGGAUCGUCCAACAAAGCUGGCAGAAAAGUUUGCUGAACUGUAUGACAAUCAAUGGCAUGAUGCAUUUGAAGAACUGCAGAAGUCAUUUUCUAGCGAUGAACAAAUUAUCGAGAUACUUUUAGAAAUUCUAAUGGAUAUCUAUGAUUUCUGCAAACGCAGAGCAAGGGAACAGCUUGACGAUUUACAAAGAGUCCUAUUGUGCUCCAAAUCAGUGGAACGUACACAGACUAGCUGUCCGGAAAAUGUUAUAAAACAGCUCAAAGACUGUCGGAAGACAACUUCUUCAAUGUCUUUUAGAUCUGUUUAUGAGGUAAUUUCUAGUUGUUACAACUGACGUUCUGUUUUUUUUACUUUCUAUUAUCUUUACAAGGCUGUUUGCCUAAAGAAGGUAACAGAAAAUUUAACGUUGAACAAAUAUUUUUAUAAUUUUUG